AUGGCUGAGGAAAACCAAAGCAAGCAAGUGACAGAGCUGACUCUUGUGGGACUGACGGACAACCCGCAACUGCAAGCGCCUUUGUUCGUCCUCUUCCUCCUCAUUUACUUCAUCACGCUGGUGGGGACCCUGGGCAUGGUUGUGCUCAUCAGGAGCAGCGCUCAGCUGCAGUCCCCCAUGCACUCAUCCGUGGUGGCACCGAGGACGUUAAUGAACCUUCUGAUGGAGAAGAAAACAAUCUCUGUCAUCGGCUGCGCAACCCAGCUUUACUUCUUCGUAGCCUUUGGCACCACCGAGUGCUUCCUCCUGGCCGCGACGGCGUACGACCGCUUCAUGGCCAUCUGCAAGCCCUUGCUGUACUUGUCCAUCACGUCCCACAGGCUCUGCAUGCUGCUGGUGGCCACUUCCCAUGUGCUUGGCCUGCUGCACUCCUGGGUGCACACAGAGUUCACCUUCAGCCCGCCUUCACGCCAGCCAGCCAAGGUCAACCACUUCUACUGGGACCUCAUGCCUGUUCUGGCCCUCUCCUGCUCUGACACACGUGUCAGUAGGUGUCUGAUAUUUGUCCUUGGUGGGCUGGUGGAGAUGGUGACCGUCUCGGCCGUCCUGGUCUCCUACGCCUUCAUCCUCGCUGCUGUCUCAAGGAUCAGCUCUGCUCGGGGCCGGUACAAAGCCUUCUCCACGUGCACCUCUCACCUGGCUGCAGUCACCAUCUUCCACGGGUCCAUCCUCGCCCUGAACUUCCGAACAGGGUCUGGCAGCAGCCUAAGCACGGAUAAGGUCUUUGCUGUGCUCUACUCUAACAGCCCCUGCAGAACAGGGUAA